AUGGGUCGAAUGACUGUUGCACGCCGCAACGAUCGCGAAGAGUUGAAGAAAGCCAUGGGUCUCCACCAAGAAGACACUAACAAUUCUCCUGAACGGCGAAAUGACGACACUCCUCAAUCAGCCCCUGUUGAGUUGCGACGCGCGUUAAGUGACAAGAAUGUUAUCACAUUCGUGGAAGAUCGAGAUAUUCGUAUGAAGCCAUACCUUCGUGAACAAUAUGCAGAACUCUUUGACAUCCUCUUCAUGAAAGACCCAGAAGAAUGCAUCCCCAAGUUCUACGAGGCACUGGAGGACAUGGGAAGAAAGGAUAUCAGGAAUUUCUUGCAAGAAGAGUUGAAGAAAGAAAUGGGUCUCCACCAAGAAGACACUAACGAUUCUCCUGAACGGCGAAAUGACGCCACUCCUCAAUCAGCCCCU